AUGACCCAACCCAAAACAAUCCUCAUAACCGGCGCCGCCGGAGGCAUUGGCCUCGCCACAUCCCGGCAUUUCAACACCCUCCACCCCACCAGUACCAUCAUCCUCACUGAUCUGCCCACUCACCAAGAGGCCACUGAGUCCUUGAUUCAGAGUACAUUCCCGCACCCGGAAAAGGCAGUCUUUCUCCCCGCUAAUAUUACGGACUGGGGGCGAAUGACACAUCUAUUCAGGACGAUUGCACAGAAAUACGGCGGGGUGGAUGUGGUGGUUGCAAAUGCGGGAAUGAUGGAGUCUACGCCUGUUCUAGAUUUGGAGGAUAUUGAUGAGGAGACAGGGGAGUUGAGGGAGAGUUUGGAGGCAAGGAGGGUGGUGGAUGUUAAUCUGAUGGGGACUUUGAAUACUCUGCGAUUGGCGAUGUAUCACAUGAAAGAGAAGGAGAAGAAGAACGGUUCAAUUGUGCUGGUGGCUUCUACGUCGGGUUAUUUUGGAGGCACGGGUGUCACAGCUUAUGUGGCUUCCAAGCAUGGUGUAGUGGGAUUGCUUCGGGCGUCGCAAGUGACGGCGCAGAAGUAUGGCAUCCGUGUUAAUGCCGUUGCACCAUUCAUGACCCCAACUAGAAUGACGGCUGGUUUGUCUCAAAGCUGGCAGGAUGCUGGGCUCGAGGCGAACACUCCUGAACGGGUGGCGGAGGUUAUUGAGCAGGUCGGGAUGGAUACGGCCCGGAGGGGCUCUUGUAUGCUGACAUCGGAGGCUAUGUGCUUCCUGCUCGACUAUAGAGAGAUUGGUUAUAGGCAAUCACGUGAAGGAAUUUUUUUGGGAUGGCAUGGGGCCACUCUUUUACCGCGCUCAUUAGAUCACUGCUCCGGGGUUAAGUCACCGAGGGCAGAGCCCACAUACCAGUCAUUGCGCGGCAGACCCUUUGCCCCAGUGGCCAGAGUUGGACAUUGGGCUUCCAGGACGGAAGGAAUGUAA